AUGACGACUCUUCCUGAUGCUGAUAUCAAACAAAUUAUUGAAAAGGCAGCCCAGUUAGGCUGUUGUCUACGUUGUGCUUUGUCUUAUUUAGAUUUAUUCAAAAUGAAUAUUUCUAUGUAUUCAAAAAAAGAAGCACAGUUAGUGCAGGUCUUGCUAGGAAGUGUCAAAAUGGAUUGCUUCGAUGAUCAUCAAACAUCAUCAUCACCGAAAGCAAGCUCGGACGACGAGUGCAAACAUGAAAAUGAACCGAUUUUAAAACUGUUAACAAGUCGAUGUAAAAUUUGUUUUGGAGCUUUUCAAGAUGAAUACUUGCAUCAUCGAUUACCCUUAGAGAUGGAAAAGGUUUAUAAUCAAUAUGAAACACAAUUUUUGAAAGAAUUUCAUGUCUCUCUAUUGUAUUCUCCUCACUUUCAAAUGAGAGAACAUUGCUUUAAAUUUUUACUCUCCAAGCAAGUGACCUCACAAAAAGUACAACAAUUAUUGCAAUCUCAACCCCCUUUGGACAGAAAGAGAUUACUGAAAACGACCGUUUCAGACAUUUUUGAAAAGAUGAUGAGGAGUAAAAUUGGAGAUGACUCAUUGAGAGCGAAUCCACAAUCUGCUCCUCUUUUAAUUGAAAUUAAAUUAAAUGACGAGUAUUUAUUGAAAGCAAAUUCUGAAACGCCACAACCUGAGGAUGAUAAGCUGUCCCCAAUGAAAAAAAAGAGAAAAAAGAAUAAGAAUGACCGUAACAAUAAUUUAAAUUUGCAAAUGGUGUUGAAAAUGAACACGUUGGAACAAUUGGAGAGCGUCAUUCAAACUGAAAUUCCAGAUUGUUGGCGGUCAGAUUUAUCAGACUUGAACUCGACUGCAUCUAUUGAAUGUGAUAAGCAGUUUCUCUCUGUAACCGGCCUUCAUUUGGUGGUGUACAUAUCAGGAUAUUACCGAAAGUUAGAACGUGGACUGCCCCAAUCACCAUGGGUUAUGAGAGGAUCGAAGGAUGACGAACAAAGUACCAGAAGUGUAGAUACCUACAUUGGAGAGCCCGUUAUGAAGUAUACUCUAGCAGAUUCUUACAAAUUUGAUUCUUCAGGAAGAGAAGACAAGAACGUAAGAAUGUUAGGAAACGGCAGGCCAUUUGUUUUUGCCGUUCACAAUCCAAGGAGGUGUCACUUCACCCAUGAACAAGUGAAAGAAAUUGAGAACACAAUUAAUACACUGGCGAAUGGAUCCAUACAAGUCCACACCAUCCAAAUUCACUUUGACAAUGCAAUUUGUCAAAAGAUGAAAGCAGGUGCCGAAGAGAAAAAGAAAAAUUAUAGAUGUGUCGUUUGGUGUGAAGCAGACAUGAUGAAUCAAGCUACUCUUUCACCAAGCAACCAAGACCAUCAUUGUGUGCCUUUACAACAACGAAUUACCUCAUUCCUUGAAGGCAUUAAGGAUUUGGAAAUUGGACAAAAAACUCCUCUCAGAGUACUGCACCGCAGAGCGUUACACAUCCGAAAGAAGAUCAUUCACUCCAUCAAGUGUGUGGAAUUUCUAAAUGCUCACACUCUAGUUCUCGAUCUAUCCACCAGUGCAGGCACUUAUGUGAAAGAAUUUAUUAAUGGCGAUUUUGGAAGAACGGAUCCAUCGUUUGGAACACUGUUAAGCCAAUUUUUUGAAAACCCAACACCUUUCAAUACUCAAAUUCUUCAACUCGAUGUCAUGGAUAUCGAAAUGGCAUUGUAA